GACGCACCUGAGACUACUUGGUGAUGCUUACUGCGCCCGGAAUUCCUCCCCAUCGACUAGAUCUCGAAUAUAUGUACAACACAGCCUCUGUCGAGAAGGGAGUCUUGAUUGCUUCUAGAAAAAAGUCUGAACACUUCCGAGUCACAGCAUUCACAGUUCAAAGAUCAGAACAGUUGACGGCAUUAGUACCUAUGUGGAUAUCACAGCUUCUUGCAGCUGCUAGCUUUCUGUCUGAUUCGUAACAGAAGGUUUACCUUUCUGGAGAUGAACACGAGGCAGCACACGGCAGGGUCACUGCCCCUUGUACUCCUCCAUGGUUUCAUACAAAAGGCAGAUAAGUCUGGCAACCGUCCCAUCAUCUCCCAUAUUUUUAUUCUUCCUCUUUCCUCGACACCACUUUUCCAGGAAAUAUGACCCAAUCUUGGAUCCUUGCAAUAGUGACAGUCGUAACAUAUUUUCCCUUAGUGUUAGUUUCCUUCAAGUUGGUGGCCAAGUACAGCAUAUCACGAGGUGAUGGGUGGGUCUUAUUGUUGGUAUUCAGCAUCAUCCGAGUAUUGGGUGGUGUUUUGUGUUUCACAGCUGCGUACGUAACAAAUACUAGUAGCGAUAAACUUCAAUCUGGCAGCUACGCCCUACAAUCAUCUGGCCUAUCCCCACUGUUGCUUUGCACACUGGGUCUGUUGCACUCGAUCUUGCAAACUCCUGAUGGCUUUUCAAGAUACUAUAACAGACAGUUCCGCCUUCUUCAACUCCUCGGCAUGGCUGCUUUCGUCCUUACCAUCAUCGGUAUCUCCAGCGUGUCAAUUUCUAACUUAAACUUGUAUAGGAUGUGCAUGGCCGGUGUCAUCCUCUUUUGCAUCCUAUACAUUAUCCUUGUCGGCAUCUGCCUCUACAUAUGGACCCAGAUUCGCUUUGUUAUGAGAUAUCACAAGCGGCUCUUGAAGGCUGUCUCUAUCACACUUCCAUUCCUGGCCGUUCGGACGCUCUACAGCGUCCUAUCCACAGCAUCUUGGGCAAACCAGGAACAAUUUGACAUCACUUCGGACGAAUGCCAGUGGGAAAUCUACCUCGCAAUGGACAUGCUCAUGGAGUAUGCCGUUGUGAUCAUCUAUGCUGUUGCGGGCUUUGUGCUUCCCCUCAAUGAAGAUUACAAGUCUGCGGAUUCGUAUCAAGACGAGUAUCCAUUGAGUAGGCCUCAGAUGUGAGCGCGAAGGCGCCAGUAAUGUGAGUCGUGCCUGGUCACGAAGCGGGAUGCCGGUCUAGUGGAUUCAAUCAUACCACCUUGAUGAUACAUUCAUUUACGAUGUCACCUACCACUCGUGGAUGUUGUUACAAGCGGUGACCUUCGGUCGUUGCUUGUUAUUGCUAUCGUCUUGUCAUUUCACUACAACUACAAAGCAGACUUUUGUAUACUAUAUUUGCAC